UUUUUUAUGAAUCGUUACUUAAGAAUAUAUUUAACAUUCUUUCAACUUUUGCAAGUACAAACGACCCAGUCGUGCAUUUAAUUUUUGUUAGGACAGACAAAAAGUUGAUUACUUAAAAUUUGGAAACUCUGCGCUGUUUGCAAUUUACACAUUUUAGUUCUAUCUGUCCAAAAUAUUGAGACGCUGACAUCCUCGGUUUCAGUUUUAUACUAGUGAUUAAUUAAUAUAAAAUAAUAACAUAAAUGAUAAAUGGUUCAAACAUUUUAAAACAAAAAAUUAUAUUAAUUAAUUUCUAAUAAAUAGGUCAUUAGAAACCAUGAGAAUCAACAAGAACGAACAAAAUUUCACUAAAUAAGGAAAAAUCAAAUAAGAUUGGCGAAUUUUUUCGGCUUUUCCAAUUUAGAUUUAGAUAAAAAGUGGUUUUUUGUGAAAAAAAUAAAUUCUAAUUAAAAUAAAUAUCUACACACAAUUUUCUAGUUAACUGUAAUUUAAACACUUUUUUCUUAUUUUGAAUUGCAAAUUACUGAAAUAUACAAAAAACACAAAAGAGCAAAAAUGUGAAUCAAUUACUAAUCUGGGUAUUUAAAAUUUGUUAAAUUGAUUGUUCUCUUGUUUAAUUUUUGAUUCAUAAAAAAUGAGAGCAAAAUUAAUUGUCACACGUGCCUUUCGGUCUAAAUUUUGUUAUUCAAGUGACGGGUUUUGAAAUUAGACGUGUUGAUUGUCGGUAUAUGUAUUUUGUUUUACAGGAUUUCAAUAAAAAACCCUUUUAAUGUGUCCCUAGAGUCGAACUUGCGUCAGGUCAAGGCUAAUACAAUACGUAAUUGUGCUCUUAAAAGCAAAUACCUACGAUGACGACCUUCCUAUAUCGUGGUUGGAAAUCGUAGAUGAGGUUGUUUUUAAAGGCUUUCUGAGGUUGUUGGGGAAUUUUUGUCCCCAAACUUCAUACCUAAUCAAAUCACCUAAAAAUGUCCUUGUAAAACAAAACAACCUUCCUUUGUUUUUAUUUUAACUCUGAAAUGUGGUAUAAACAAACUUGGUGUAUACCAACUUGAGUGUAAUGUCUUGAAAAAAAUUCAUCAGUCAUCACCAAAAUUAUUUUCCCAUCCGUAAUUUUUCAUUGAUUUUAAUAUUUUUUUUUUUGGUAUUUUGAAAAUCCCUAAGGUACAACACUGUCGUUCUCAAACAACAAUAAUAAAUUUAUCCUGGUACAUAGAUAUAGAUGCUCACAACAAAAACAAAACAUCCUUCACACGUUUUCAUAGGAAAAAAGAAUUCUAUUCCACAUUUUUUUGAGGUCAAAGAGAAAAUGAGAAAGAGAGAGUUCCCACAACCAGAAACCCAGUUUCCAUUUCCAAGCAACCAUAUCCUUGAGAUAUAAUAAAUUUUUGCUCCUGCUCAUUCGCAAAAACGUUCAUUUUCAUUCAUGAAUUUUCAUUUUCACCUUUCUCUAAAAAGAGAGAGAGGCUGCUGACUUUUAACUAGGCCAUCCAUUGAGUUGAGUGUGUACAUAGAGAGCAUAAUCCAGAGAAUCUAUCUCGAAAGCCAACAAUACUAUAUAAAAAUAGUUCUUCCAUAUUCCAUGACCAAACCUGCGUCCUUAUUCUGCCGAGAUCCGAGUACACUAGUACUGAAAUGAAAUCGUCUGGUAUCUGAUGUCGAGGUGCAAACACAAUCAUUGUUAUAAUUUUUAUUUUUGCUUCAUUCAUUAUAAAGGACUAGAAUUUUCUCAAAUUUAAAAAAAAGUGCACGUGCGAUGAAAAGUUCAAUUUUUAAUAAAUACAAAAAAGGCCUGUGUUUUCAAGAAAAAAAAAACAUAAAAUAAACAAAUAAAAAGGGAAUAAAAAAGAAGUGUUCAAAAGUUAAAAACGAUUGUGUCCUGUUUUUGAAACUACAUUAAUACCCACAUCCUUUGGGACGGCUUUUUGAAAUUGUGAUAAAUUGUAAGUCGCAAACAAAACAAAAAAAAAUAAUAAUAACAAAAAAGGAAAAGAAAACAAACAACAAGGAAAAAAAAAGGAUAUUUAUCAUCUCUAAGUGAAGCACGUGCCAGCUAUACUUUUUCUUUUUUGAUCCAACAAAUAAUGUUUACAUUACUUUAACUGAAAUAGGAUCGGUGCACAAAAAAAAACAAAAAAAAAAUGAUAAAAGAAGUGUUUAAUUCAAAACAUCACACUCAUCAUCAUCAUUGAAUUUAUUCACCUAUUAAAAUCAUCACAAAAUACAAAAUCAAAACAAAAAAAAGAACGUUCCAAUCCUAGCAUUCAAAAUUCAAUCCGGAAGUUAACAUAAAUUUCCAUUAUCAAAAAAGUUCAUUAUUCUUUAACAAAAAAAAGUGUCAAUUUUAAAAUGCGCUAGCAAAGUAAAUAAAAAAUAAUACGCGUUUUUUCUUAAAAAAUAAAAUAAAUACAAAUUAAAUUCAAAUUAAAUCAAAAUAGAAAAAAAAAAAAAACAAAACAUUCAUUUGAAUAAUACUCGCGAACGAAUAUGGAUGACACUCGGAUAAAUCUUCCACUCGUAAGCAAAGAAAAUACAAAUACUGCAAUGAUUUUGGCCGCUGGUACGGUGAGCUUUCAAGCUCAAACAAAUUCAACUCCAAAUCAACAUAGUGCUAUGGCAGCAUCAGUGGCAAGAGUUCAAACUGAAUUUGUUGGGAAUAAUUUAAAAAAUGGCGCACUCAAUCAUGGCUCCCAAAACAAUCUUUGUAAUGGCAGCAUUUCCGGAAAUCACAUACUCGCUCCCAAGGUACAAAACAACAGUCCAAAUGGCCAGAAAAAAGGGACUGUCACUCUUACACAUCUACCACAGAGGCCUCCGGUGGAUAUUGAAUUCGUUGAUAUUUCGUAUUCGGUAUCGGAGGGCAGGAGGCGCGGAUUCAAAACCAUACUCAAAGGAGUUAGUGGUAAAUUUAGAAAUGGUGAAUUGACAGCUAUUAUGGGACCAUCAGGAGCUGGCAAAAGUACGCUCAUGAAUAUUUUAGCUGGAUACAAAACCUCCCAAUUAAGCGGUUCUGUACUAAUCAACGGAAAAGACCGCAAUCUUAGAAGAUUCCGCAAACUAUCCUGCUACAUUAUGCAAGAUGACAUUCUCAUAGCCAAUUUAACAGUUGCCGAAGCCAUGAUGGUAUCGGCAAAUCUAAAACUUGGCAAAGACAUGAAUAGCAAAGCCAAAAAGGUUGUUGUCAAAGAGAUUCUCGAUACAAUCGGUCUAACCGAAUCGGUUAACACAAAAACCUACAAUCUUUCUGGUGGCCAAAGAAAAAGGCUAUCGAUUGCUUUAGAAUUGGUAAAUAAUCCGCCAGUAAUGUUCUUUGAUGAGCCCACAUCGGGACUCGACAGCUCAACGUGCUUCCAAUUAAUUUCACUGCUCAAGUCACUGGCCCGUGGCGGACGUACUAUAGUUUGUACAAUUCAUCAGCCAUCAGCUAGGCUAUUCGAGAAGUUCGAUCAUCUCUACAUGCUGGCUGAAGGUCAGAGUAUUUAUGAAGGUAAAGUUCGAGGUUUGGUUCCGUUUUUGGGUUCAUUGGGCUUCGAUUGCCCCAGCUACCACAAUCCUGCCGAUUAUGUGAUGGAAGUGGCGUGCGGCGAGUACGGUGAAGCUGUACACAAAUUAGUGUGUGCUGUGAAGAAUGGCAAAUGCAAAAAGUAUAGCCAGAAGGAAUAUGCCAUUGAUUUGGUGAACAAUAAAAAUAUUUCAAAUGAUCUUAUCAAGGGCAAUGCCCCUCCACCACCGUUAUCGCAGCAGCAGCAACAGCAGCCAGCAGCAAUCGGAAAUGAUGCCCUUUGCGAACUGAAACCACCGAAGCUGGACUCCCAGCAGCCGCAGCCGCAGCAACAACAACAAUGUGAAACAAAGUCUGAGAGCACUGUUAUAAACAUGCCACCAACCACUAACACCACCGCCAAUGGAGAUGAUAAUAGCAGUAUGUCAUCCAAGACACCAACCGGUCCUGGCUGCACCACAUCUCUGCUGGACUCACACGAAAGUGUUAUAACCCUGCCCAAUAAAUCAGGCUUCCCGACCAGUGGCUGGACACAAUUUUGGAUACUGCUGAAACGUUCCUUUGUGACCAUUAUUCGGGAUAAAAUGUUGACGCACAUGCGACUUGCGUCGCAUAUUAUUGUGGGAGCAAUUAUUGGAAUGAUCUAUUAUGAUGUUGGCAAUGAAGCAUCGAAAGUUAUGAGCAAUGCAGGAUGUAUAUUUUUUACGACUUUAUUCACUAUGUUCACUGCAAUGAUGCCAACUAUUCUAACAUUUCCAACUGAGAUGUCAGUGUUUGUGAGGGAACAUCUCAACUAUUGGUAUUCCUUGAAGGCUUUCUACUUCGCCAAAACACUUGCGGAUCUACCGUUUCAGAUCGUAUUUUCCAGUGUGUAUGUAAUAGUUGUCUAUUACCUAACAUCUCAACCAAUGGAAUUGCAACGUGUCUAUAUGUUUGUGUUCAUUUGUGUGCUAACAUCGCUGGUAGCACAAAGUCUGGGUCUACUUAUAGGCGCUGGCAUGAAUAUUGAGGCUGGCGUAUUCCUGGGACCAGUCACCACGAUACCAACGAUCCUAUUUUCAGGUUUCUUUGUCAAUUUUGAUACAAUACCUGGAUAUUUGCAAUGGGUUACAUAUGUUAGUUAUGUUCGAUAUGGAUUCGAAGGUGCAAUGGUAUCAAUUUACGGCAUGGAUCGUGCUAAAUUACAAUGUUCCGAAAUCUAUUGUCAUUUUCGUAGUCCUAAAAAAUUCCUUGAAGAAAUGUCAAUGGACAAAGCUGAAUUUUGGAUUGAUAGUUGUGCAUUAAUUGGUACAUUUAUAGCAUUACGUAUUGUUGCAUAUUUUGUAUUAAGAUGGAAAUUACACUCUAUUCGUUAAAAUUAUUAUAAAUAUUAUACAUAAAUGUGGAUCAGUGUUAAUGUUAAAUUGUGUAAUAAGAAACAAUAUAAAAUUUAUAAAAAAGCAAAAAAAAAAAAAUAUUAUUAAAUAUAUUUUAGGGGAUUUCAAUUAUUUUUCUAUAAAACAAAAUUUUAGACACAAUUUCAAAAAAAAAAAAAAAAUGUGCACUUUAGAUUAAAAUUAAUAAUUUUAAAUAUAAUUUUUUUCGUUUUAUUAGUUUAUAAAAUGUUUAGGUAACGAAAAUAUUUUUUAAAAUUAUAAUUAUAGAUAUUUCAAUAAACAAAAAAAAAAUCAUCACAUUAUUUAGAAAUAAGUUUAGAAAAAAAGAAGAAAAAAAUUAAAAUAAAAA